CAAAAUGACAGUGCAGAAUUCUCCACUGUCAGCCGCUGGUAGAAAAGAGCAAGAUUUGCCAGAUGUUAAUGGAAAAGAAGCUGAUGUUAGUGAAGUGGCGGAGGAAAAUAUGAGAGAGGACAACAGCCCCAAAGAAACUUUUCAGUCAAAAGAGGAAGAUGAGAGGAAAGAAGUUCCAGGCUCAACAGAGGAAAAGAAUGGAAAGUCAGAGGAAGUGCAGGAUAAGGAGGAAACUGUAACAGAAAAUAUAACACAGGGAUCCUCAUCUCCAAAACUGCCGAUCAGCAAGGGCAGCUACAAUAUUGACUUUGACAAACUGGAUGACAUCAAUCCAUUUGCUACUAAGGUGGCAGUGCAGAAUUCUCCAGUGACGUCUGCUAAUGGCCAAGUGCAGAAUUCUCCUAAAGCUGACGGAAAGGAAGUAGAAGAGGAUGAUGAGAGAAAGGAAGGCAAUACUUCACUCUCUGAGUUUCAGAGUGUGAAAGACAAUCCAUUCAUUAGACUGAUCGAAUCUCCAGCCAUAAAAGAAAAGAAAAAAGAAUUAGCUUUGGAGUCCAUCGUUGCUGAGCAGUCGGAGGAUAUCUUCAGCCAAAGUUUUGAAGACAUAGAUCCUUUUCAGCCUAAGAAGCAGCUGAUGAACAGUCCAGAAGUGUCCAGAAAGACAGAGAAGUCCAAUGUUCAGGACACAUGUGUACCUUCAAAUUCUCCCAAGAAUCAUGUAAAGUCUAGGAAUGUUGAAAUUUCUCUGGAAGAAGAACAUCUCUCUCAAAGUGCAGGGUUAAAUAAUGUCCUAACAAAUGAAGUAAGUGUAAGGAAAUCUCCUGAGUCUGAAAUCAAAGAAAAGAAAGAUUUGGGUUCUGCUGAAAUUGAUGGCAGCAUUGAUCCAUUUGCAACAAAGGCCACUGUGAUGAAUACUCCUCCCAAGAGAGAGGAAGAUGACAAACUAGAUCCAUUGAUGAAGCAAAUGUCAAACUCUCCAGUAAAAUCAGCAUUCAAUGAUGUUAAUCCAUUUGCUACUAAGUCUAAAGUAGUCAAUUCCCCAGCUCCAAAUUCAUGUGAAAAUGAGAAGAAUCCAUUUGAAACCAAGUCAAAAAUUGUGAACAGUCCAGAAAACAAGAGUUUACAAUCAGAGGAGCCUGAUCCCUUUGUAACAGUGUCUAAAGUCGCAAAUUCUCCGGCGAAAGAAGCUUUGACUGAAAACGUGGAUCCGUUUGCAACAAAGUCUAAAGUUGUCAACUCUCCUUUGCAGAACACUGAAGAAAGUGAAAAAGAUCCUUGUGGGACCAAAUCAAAAGUUGACACUUCUCCUCCUGCAAAAUUACCUGAGGAAGACUUAGACCCAUUUGCAACAAAAGCAAAAGUUGCUAAUUCCCCAGCACAAAAGAAUGUAGAUGAUGAAUUUGACCCUUUUGCAACCAAGUCUAAGGUUGCAAACUCCCCUUCUGUACAAAAUUCAUGUAAUGAGGUUGAUCCCUUUGCAACAAAAUCAAAGGUUGCAUUUUCACCAGCUGGAAAAUCAGAAGACAUUAACCCAUUUGAAAGUAAAUCAAAGGUUGCUAACUCUCCUGCAGUAAAGGCAGAUGAAGGAAAUCCUUUUGCAACAAAGUCUAAAGUUGCAAACUCCCCAGCAAAAACAUCAAAUCUAGAAAAUAUGGACCCAUUCACAUCAAAUUCAAAAAUUGCAAACUCACCACAAGUGUGCAAAAAACCAGCAGAUGAUUCUUCCAGACAAAAUAAUGAUCCUUCCGUUACAAAAAGUAAUGUAGAGGAAUUACCCACCAAAGACAAUGUUGAAACAGCCUCAGAAAAACAGGGAAAGAAUCAUUUUGAGAAGCUUUUGAUGGACAGUGAGAAGUGUGAUAGUCCAUUCUCAGGUCUGAAUGCUAACAAAAUGCAGGAUGCUUCUUUCCGACUUCAGAAUGAUCCAUUCAAGACCCCCACUGGUUCUGCUAAAAAGACCCCCAAAAAGAGCUGCCCCUUCACCAAUAUGAGUGAGUUUGGUUUGAGUGAUGAUGACUUCAAGCCAGCCAGUUCUACAUUGUUUAGUGAUCCUGCUGACUUUGACAUCUUGGAACAGUUUGGCAGCAAUAAGGGGAUUGCUGAAUCGGCCCUGUCACGGAUGUCACUUUAUGUUAAAUUUGACCCCUUGGUGGACCUCCCUGUUGCAGAUCCCCGUCGAGCCAGUAUUGAUGUCAGGAGAAUGAGUAUGAAGCGAGGAGGUACUUUUGACCCCAGACUCCGACAGCUAGAGCCAGAGGAAAGCAUGCUUUUGAUGGGGACACCACCACGAGGUCCCAGUCAGAGCCGCGUGGUGCCGGUGGUGAAGAAUCAGACACCAGUCAACACGAAAACGGUCACCUCUAAUGACCUACUUUGUUCAGAUAUACCAGAGGGCAGGACGGAAGUAACAAAUGUGAUCAAGGACACCUUGUCUCUAAAUCAGACAGAGGGAGAUGGAAUCAUUGAGGUUUUGCAAUAUACAGAGGCAGACAUCUCUCGGAUCAAACAAACGUUGGCCUUGGAAUUCCAAGGCAUAUUACUGGACAAUCAAAAAGAAUGGAGUCAAAAGUUAGCAGAGGAGGAGAAAAAACACAGUAAAAAGUUGGAAGAGGUGAAGGUACAGAUGAGUCAAGAAAUCGAAAAGAAUCGGGCACAGUGUCAGAAGGCAGAGGACAAGGUCAAACAAAUGGCUUCUGUAGUCCAGGAAUUUGAGACCAUGAUCAAUGAGUUUGUAGAGGAAAGAGAAAAAUUAAAAACUGAAUUGAAACAAGUAAAACAAGAGCUACAGAAGGCCAAUGAACAGACCUCACAAGAGUCCAAGGCUGUGGACACAUUAGAAGCCUCCUUCUCAGCUCUGCACAAAAGAUACGGCAAAACCAAAGAAAUACUGGAGAAUUCUCUAAAGAAUGAAGAAACCCUGAAGGCCUGUGUGGAGGAUUACAUGGGGAGAUUAAAGAAGGCGGACGAACAAAUCCUUAAAGUCAAACAAAUGGCCGAGGAGAAAUUAAAGGCAGCACAUGAAGAACUUGAGAAGGUCAAGUCCAAUUCAAUGUCAGAAACAGCCCGACUGGAGGCUUUGGUGAAACGCAAAGAGAUGCAGCUGGAGAGCAAAGAGAAAGCCCUAGAACAGAAGAGUAAGGAAUUUAAUGACUUGUCAGAUAUUUGUGAUCAACUGAUGCAGAAGCUGGAAUCCAGACAGUGAAUAUCAUUGUUCAUGAAUUUUAGACUGAAAGACAUGUUUAUAGAAAACCCCAUUUUAUUUUCAAUCAUGGAAAAUUGUGCUCGUGAGAGAAGUAGUGCUGUAAUGUAUGUGGAUGUUACAAUGAGUACUGUAAAUGUUUGCACAACUCAGAUAUUUAAAAGUAACUUGAAGUUCACAGUACAUUGACACUAUGUGUUCAUGAGUGUGAACAUGAGAAAUUGAUGUUCAUGAAAUAUACAGGAUAAUAAUCAGAUGUUUUUAUUGCGUGUUCUUUGCAUAAAAUAUUAUUCA